AUGCUUAUCUAUAUAUUUAGCUUUCUUGAUCGUGUGAACAUUGGAAAUGCCCGACUGUAUGGACUUGAGAAGGAUCUGAAGCUUGUUGGCAAUCAGUACCAGAUUAUAGUCUCAAUCCUUUUCGCGACAUAUAUCAGUGUCGAGCUGCCAUCUAACUGGGUCAUCAAGAAGAUUCGCCCAUCAAGGUGGAUUGCUUUCAUCACCGUCAGCUGGGGCCUCGUUGCCACGUUUUCUGGCUUUACUCAAAAUUUUGGCGGGAUGCUGGCUUGCCGUAUCCUCCUAGGAGCUUUUGAGGGCGGAUUGUGGCCGGGACUUGUAACUUAUCUCACUUUUUUCUACACCAGGCGCGACAUUGCGCUACGCAUCGCGGUUUUGUUUGCUUGUUCUGCCCUUGCUGGCGCUUGCGGUGGUUUGCUUGCCUUCGGCAUUGGUUUCUUGGACAGCAGAGCGGGAUUUUCCGGCUGGAGAUGGAUCAUGAUCCUUGAGGGAGUCCCUACAGUGGUUUUUGGUAUCUUGGCCUGGUUCAUUCUCGCCGAUGAGCCGUCGGUGGCCUAUUACCUGAACGAGGAGGAACGAGCUCUGGUUCAGAUUCGCCUAGACCGACAGCCAGGUUUGACUGCAUCGGCAAAGGAAUUCCAUUGGAAAGACGUUCGUGAAGCCUUCUCUGACUGGAAGAUCUGGACUUUCUCUUUCGCCCAGUUUGGUGUUGAUGUUAUGCUUUAUGCAUUCUCGAUAUUCCUACCGACUAUUAUAAGGGGCAUCAACGCACAAUUCUCUUCGGCAGUUGUGCAAGUCCUCACAAUCCCUUGCUAUCUGCUUGGUGCUGUGACGUAUCUGGGCGUGGGCUACCUGUCUGAUAGGUACCAAAGGCGUGGUAUCUGGGUUGUAACAAUGGGCACAGUUUCGGUCUGCGGUUACAUUAUGCUGCUUUCCAAUGGCGGUGUGGCCGUGAACUAUGCGGGUUGCUUCUUCGUGGCGUGUGGGUUGUAUGUCGUCGUCGGUUUGCCUCUGGCAUGGCUUCCGACCAAUGUUCCUCGAUACGGGAAACGCACGACAACGAUUGCUAUGCAAGCAACUAUUGGAAACAGCGCGGGUAUCAUGUCAAGUUUUCUCUACCCAAACGCAGAAGGCCCUCGCUAUACCAAGGGGCAUGCAAUUUCUCUAGCGAUGGGGGCAUUUGGGGUUAUCUCAUUUGGUAUGGUUUGGGCGUUUUACAUUUACGAAAAUAAGCAAAGGGUGAGCGGCAAGAGGGAAUCGCAAACCGAGGGUUUGACUGAGGAAGAAGUCAACGAACUGGGCGACAAGAGCCCACGGUUCAUCUACGUGACCUAA